ACGUCCCAUUGUUCAGAAAUCGAUCGAUCCAUCUAAAAAUUAACAAUAUUCGAUUAAGAUAACGUUGCAUCGAUACAUUCCACGACGAAAUUUCUCAUCCACUAUAUCCAAUUAUCCGCUUCCCCGCAUCGAUCAAUCCCCGAAAGAAGAUCUGCUGCGACCUAACUCAAAAAGCAUUUUUUCGUCGUGUCGCUCCGCUCCAUCGUGUCUCUUCUCGCUCAGCAACGCCGGGUAUCGUUCAACUCCGCUCCGAUAAAGGGGAUGCUCGCGGGUCGAAGCAGGUCGGGAGAAAGAAGGGUGGAAAUUGAGAAAGAGACGGGUUUCACUACCACGUAGCCAACGAUCAACAAUUGCACGACGUUCAGUUGGAGAAGGUAGGCGUCGUCUCGUGGCGACGUAACACGGGGUGGGGGGUUGGAGCUUUGGCCAGGCGUCAACCGACGCGAAGGGGCGCGCGCAGGCGCCGCGACGAGCGUCGUCGGCGAAGCGCCGCGUCAAACGUGCCGGCUAUAGGUUAAAUCCUCCCGCUCCUCGUUUUUGUUGUUUUUCCGCCGUUGCCUCCUGAUCCCGCCUUCAAAAGUGCCAACGGACCAAUCGGUGGCCCGUGCUCGCGGGUCGAGGCACCACUUCCAGCCACCAACGACGUCGACCUCCCGUGAUACGGGACGAUCGAGCCGAGCUAACCGUCGAUCUCUCGCCGGGAGACGCCAACCUCGAGACGUCAUCCGUCGUCGUUUCUCUGACGCGGUUCCAUCAGUUUCCAAGAACCGAUCCAAGGACCCCGAAAUCGGUUGUCGGUGGAGCUCGGGGGUUCGUCGUGUUCUCGUCACUUUCGUCGUUUUCGUGCAUUGGUGAAGUUGAAGGGACGGAGAUGAUGGGUGACUUAUUUAAUAUCAGUGCGAGAAGUUCGUAAUACUUUUGAGCGAGUUCUUUUUUUUUUUUGUUUUGAAUGAAAGAAGUUGGAACAGUUAAAAUUGUUGGUGUGCACGAGUGCGAAGAAGGGUGAAGAAGAAGAAGAAGAAUUAAUUAGUAUAUUGUCUUUUGUUUAACGAGGAAUGUUGGUCGAUACAUCAUGAACGGAGCAACGUCGGUCACGACUUCGGAGGAACAUCAGCAUCAACAUCAGCAACCGCAAAACGAUCCAUCUCAGGAACAUCCGAGAAGUCCUGCCAGUCCUUUGAGUAUUCGACACGAUUCGGGCGAGAGCAGCGUAAUCUCCCCAGGAUUACCAGAACGAUACAGUCCUCUUGGGGCGACAGGAUCGACCUCGAGUCACGAUCCUUACGCCUCGAGGUCUGUCCAAGAAUGUCCUGUUCCUCUUUGCAGAGGAAUACCGACUGAUUUCCCCCUCGCAAGGUCGCCCUAUUUAACCGCCCUUGGUAACGGCCAUCCUCAUCUGUUGGGCCAAGUUCAGCAACAACAGCAGCAGCAGCAACAACAACAGCAACAACAACAGCAAUUGCAACCGCAACAUGGCAGUAAACCACCGCGAAGUCUCGGUUUGAUAUGCGUGGUCUGCGGCGAUACCAGCUCCGGCAAACAUUACGGAAUUCUCGCUUGCAACGGAUGUAGUGGAUUCUUCAAACGAAGCGUCAGGCGGAAGUUGAUAUACAGAUGUCAAGCCGGUACUGGAAGAUGUGUCGUGGACAAAGCUCAUCGAAACCAGUGUCAAGCGUGCCGUUUGAAGAAAUGUAUGCAGAUGGGGAUGAAUAAAGACGCGGUACAGAAUGAACGGCAACCCAGAAACACUGCCACCAUUAGACCAGAGGCUCUCGUCGAGAUGGAUCAGGAACGAGCGCUUCGAGAAGCAGCGGUCGCCGUUGGUGUCUUUGGACCACCUGUGUCUUUGGCCAUGGCGAGAUACACGACACCACUGCCUUUACCCACCGUUGCCCCGACGACAAAUUCGACGAACCCUCCGACACCACCUCGACAGGAUAACGAAGAUGGAAAUGCAUCCGAGGAUAGUAUAGACGUAACGAACGAGGAACCAUUGACACCCCAAAGGAGCGGUUGCACGCAAAUUCCGCCUGUGAUCCCCUCGUUGUACUCGCCUGCAAGUGCUGAAACGGUCUACGAAACCAGUGCUAGAUUACUCUUCAUGGCUGUAAAGUGGGCCAAGAAUCUUCCGUCUUUCGCGAGUUUGCCUUUCAGGGAUCAGGUGAUACUACUAGAAGAGGCCUGGUCAGAGCUUUUCCUUCUGAACGCAGUGCAGUGGUGCCUUCCACUUGAAUCAUCGCCCCUAUUCAACUCCGCAGAAUUGACUGCCUUGACAUUAUCGCCGCAUCCUCAUCCCCAUUCCGGAAUCCAUAUGCAAACCACGACGGGUAAACCGAGUCAGGUGGCAGCGGAUGUGAGGCAUUUGCACGAUACCUUGCAGAGAUAUAAGGCUGUCAUGGUUGAUCCUGCUGAAUUCGCCUGUAUGAAAGCUAUAGUACUAUUUCGACCAGAGACCCGUGGUUUAAAGGAUUCGAGUCAGAUAGAAAAUCUGCAGGAUCAAGCCCAAGUGAUGUUGGGCCAACACGCCAGAGCGCAGCAACCAGGUAGUCCGGCAAGAUUCGGCAGGUUAUUGCUGUUGCUUCCAUUGCUGAGGACAGUGCCUGCCUCCAGGGUGGAAUUGAUAUAUUUUCACAGAACAAUCGGCAACACUCCAAUGGAGAAAGUCUUGUGCGACAUGUAUAAAAAUUAAAAAAAAAAAGGAGAUUCUCAUCAAAGAUAAGUGGAAUUCUAACGACUUAUAACAUAAGAUCGAUCCUGUAACAUAUUUCACAUUUUUCGCAUUCGAACGAAUGCCUUUGAAUAUAAAAAUUCGAUAAUCUAGUCAUCUGCAAAGUGAAUCUACCGCAGAUGCCUGAUCGAAAUUCCUUUGUAAUAUCGUCUCUUUAAGUGUGAUAUAAAAAAAAAAAAAGCACGAAAGACUUUUCCUCGCGAAAGUAUAUAUACUGACGUAUUUAGGUGCAGCGUAGGCGUUGGAAGUACAGUUUUAACGGCAGAUUAUUAAAAAAAAAAAAAAAAAGACUAGAAAGUAUAAAUAAAAGCAAUCGAGCAACCGACCAAAUAGUCGAGAAUGAUCGAUCGAAGGUGAUAGUUUACACGAAAGCCUUGGCCUAAGGAUGAAGCCCCAAAUAUGAAUUGAAUUUGCGACCUAGUGAUUUUUUUUUAUUAGAUCCCCAAGGUCGAGUAACGAUAGAUCCUUCGAGAAAGGUGAACGAAUCGACGAAUAACAGUAUUUAAUUUAAUGAUUCAACGGUAUCUAAGUGAAACGAAGGAUACUCUGUUCCGACGUGAAGAUAUAAAUAUAUAUAUAAAUAUAUAUAUAUAUACAUAUUUAUUUAUCAUAGAGAUGUUUAUCGAACAUUAGGUUCGACGUGUUGACCAAAUCAUUUUUUAAUUCUUCGAUUUUAAGUAAUCAAUUUUAUACGAAUCAUCGGGUUAAAAAAGAAACACUGAAAUAAAAAAUUUUCGUUUAAUUUAUUCGUUUAAUUUUUAUAUGUAUAUAUAUCGGUUUCUUUUCUUCUCUUUUUAUUUAUACUUUCUGAGAAAUAUGUAAGAUAAGAAUUUUGAAUAUACGAGUAAACUGAUACGAACUUUCGGACAGUUGUAAAAAGAUACACUUGUCUGUGCUUUUCUUGUAUAUUUCGUGUUGUGAUACUAUUUGUUGUAAAAAUCUAGAUACUGAGUCACGUGACAUAUAUUGUAACGAUUACGUAAUCACUUGUAAUAAAAGUACACAUGCGUAAGAAUCAUCGAAACGUCGAAUUAAUGACCCUCCUUGAUAAAAUAUUUAGAAAAUAAAUUUCUUUAACGAAAUAAAAAAAAAAUAUUGCUACUCUACGACAUCUCGUAUUUUCAAUAAAUCUAUAAAAAAAUUUCAACACUUCGAUACUGUGUUCUAUCAAGAUAGAAUGAAAAAUCUUUGUAAUUUUCCUUUAUAAAAUAAAUCAAAAACAUUAUCGUUACAAUAAUA